AGGGACCGGGGCUCUACCUGCAGUCUGCAGCCUAAGGGCCCCUCGAUUCCUCUUCCGGGAGCUCCAGGAAGCAGUCAGGCCUUGGUCUGAGACAGUGUCCUCAGGUCACAGAGCAGAGGAGGCCCAGGCAGUGUCAGCAGUGAAGAUUCUCAGGGGACAGGCUGACCAGGAGGACAGGAGCCCCAAGAGGCCCCAGAGCAGCACUGAAGAAGACCUGCCUGUGGGUUCUCCAUCACCCAGCUCCUGCCCACGCUCCUGACUGCUGCCUUGACCAGAGUCAUCAUGUCUCUUGAGCAGAGGAGUCCGCCCUGCAAGCCUGAUGAAGACCUUGAAGCCCAAGGAAAGGACUUGGGCCUGAUGGGUGCACAGGAUCCCACAGGCGAGGAGCAGGAGGCUACCUCCUCCUCUGACAAGGAGGAGGAGGAGAUGUCUGCUGUUGGGUCAUCAAGUCCUCCCCAGAGUCCUCAGGGAGGCGCUUCCUCCUCCACUUCCGUCUACUACACUUUAUGGAGCCAAUUCGAUGAGGGCUCCAGCAGUCAAGAAGAGGAAGGGCCAAGCACCUCGGUCGACCCAGCUCACCUGGAUUUCAUGUUCCAAGAAACACUGAAAUUGAAGGUGGCUGAGUUGGUUCGUUUCCUGCUCCACAAAUAUCGAGUCAAGGAGCCGGUCACAAAGGCAGAAAUGCUGGAGAGUGUCAUCAAAAAUUACAAGCACUACUUUCCUGUGAUCUUCGGCAAAGCCUCCGAGUUCAUGCAGCUGAUCUUUGGCGCUGAUAUGAAGGAGGUGGACCCCGCUGGCCACUCCUACAUCCUUGUCACUGCUCUUGGCCUCUCGUGUGAUAGCAUGCUGGGUGAUGGUCAUAGCAUGCCCAAGGCCGCCCUCCUGAUCAUUAUCCUGGGUGUGAUCUUAACCGAAGACAACUGCGCCCCUGAAGAGGUUAUCUGGGAAGCGUUGAGUGUGAUGGGGGUGUAUGUUGGGACGGAGCACAUUUUCUAUGGGGAGCCCAGGAAGCUGCUCACCCAAGAUUGGGUGCAGGAAAACUACCUGGAGUACCGGCAGGUGCCCCACAGUGAUCCUGCAUGCUACGAGUUCCUGUGGGGUCCAAAGGCCCACGCUGAAACCAGCUAUGAGAAGAUCAUAAAUUAUUUGGUCAUGGUCAACACAAGAGAGCCCAUUUGCUACCCAUCCCUUUAUGAAGAGGCUUUGGGAGAGGAGCAAUAGGGAGUCUGAGCACCAGCUGCAGCCAGGGCAGAUGUUUGUGGGGUCAGGGCCCCAUCCAGCAGCUACCCUGCCCCAUGUGACAUGAGGCCCAUUCUUCACUGUGUUUGAAGAGAGCAAUCAGCGUUCUCAGUGGCAAUGGGUGGAAGUGAGCAUACUGUAUGUCAUCUCUGGGUUCCUUGUUUAUUGGGUGAUUUGGAGAUUUAUCCUUGCUCCCUUUUGGAAUUGUUCAAAUGUUCUUUUAAUGGUCAGUUUAAUGAACUUCACCAUCGAAGUUAAUGAAUGACAGUAGUCACACAUAUUGCUGUUUAUGUUAUUUAGGAGUAAGAUUCUUGCUUUUGAUUCACAUGGGGAAAUCCCUGUUAUUUUGUGAAUUGGGACAAGAUAACAUAGCAGAGGAAUUAAUAAUUUUUUUGAAACUUGAACUUAGCAGCAAAAUAGAGCUCAUAAAGAAAUAAUGAAAUGAAAAUGUAGUUAUUCUUGCCUUAUACCUCUUUCUCUCCCCUGUAAAAUUAAAAUAUAUACAUGUAUACCUGGAUUUGCUUGGCUUCUUUGAGAAUGUAAGAGAAAUAAAAAUUGAAAGAAUAAUUUUUCCUGUUCACUGGCUCAUUUUUUCUUCAAACACGCACUGAGCAUCUGUUACUCGGAACACCCUGGGUUAGUAGUAGAGAUGCUAGCUAAGCCAGACCCACCCCUUUACCACAGGGUGGUAAGUCUAGGAGCUACAAUCCUAAAAUUAAGGUGGUGCCAUGUCCUCUAAGAACUAGAGGAAAAUAAAACAUGGGUGAGGGUUUGGGGCUCUAGAUGACAGCGGUCGAGUGUAUAUGCCCUGAGCC